GAUCCCAUGAUUCAGUGAACUUUGGAGUGGACAUUUGUUUUAUGAUGGUGACCUCAGUGGCGUGUUAAUCAUGUAAUUAAAUAUACAACUUCAGUCAGACUCGAGCAUCGGAUCGAUUUAGCAGAAAGGCUUUACAAAUCAAACAAACAUGCACAUUUUGGUCCGGCGAUAUGAGCCUUCUGAUCAAGAAGCCAUUGAAAUAAUUUACCCAGAUGCAAUUAAGGAACACAUCAACCCUGCAUUCCUACACGCCAUGACCCAGCCUCUUCAUAUCACUAUAAGUCUGUUUAUUUGCAUUGGUGCUUAUCUGCUCGGCGGGUCUGUUAUUCUGGCCCUAAUAUCUGGAGGAGCCUGGGUUGGCCUGGUGUAUUGUUGCUGCUAUGAGUAUUACGCUUCUUAUGUCCAGAAGAGACUACGUACAGACCUGAAGGACAUUCCAGGUCACUAUCUCAGCAAUCCAGAUAACUGCUUCUGGGUCGCUGAAGCCGAGAUGGAUGGUAGGCGUCAGAUUUUGGGUAUGGUGGCUGUGAAAGCCAAAGAUGACGGCGACGGAAAGAAACAUGGAGAGCUUUUACGAAUGAGCGUGUUGUCCACCUGUCGCCGUGCUGGUCUCGGUCAACAGCUGGCUAAAACUGCCGAAGACUUCUGCAAGGAACGUGGCUUCACAAAGAUCAUACUUUCCACCUCUUCUACUCAAAGAGCAGCCGUGGCACUUUACAAUAAGAUGGGCUUUAAACUGGUCCUGGUUCAUACUCAAUCUGAGAGACCAAAGUGGUUGGUGUGGAUGUCUAAAGUCAAAAUUUUGUACAUGGAGAAAAUCAUGUGAUCCAUAACUGCUGUUAAUACACCUGACCUGAGCUCAAUAGCAGAAAGUAUUUGAUAGUUAUGAGAUGGUCAGAUAAAAACUGAUAUGGAGUUCCAUCAGUUAAAAAUAACCAAAGAGUUUCAAUAUUUUUCCUAUUUAAAACUUAACUCUUCUGUAGUUGCAUUUUGUACUAAGACCAACAGAAAAUUAAAAGUAAAGGUAAGAUUCAAAUGUUUAACUCUAGGGGAAUUGGAAAAUGAACAUAUUUUCAAAAGAAGUGGAAUGUCCCUUUAAGCCUAAGACACAUGUUUGAGCUGUAUUUUCAACUAAAAUUAACGGAAACGCUUUAUAUUACGACCCGCAAUCUACUGCGUAAUUAAACCAAAUUUACAGCGUACCUAUUUGUAACAACAUAGUACUUUUACACUAUGUACUUGUAGGUAUACGGAAACAAUGUGUUAAGUUUAGGGUAAUAAUAUGGUAAAAGUAUUUUACAGCUACAGGGUACCUAGUAUUGUAAUAUUAAGUGGUAUAUGACUUAAGUUGAUGGGUAAUAUGGCCUAUUGAUUUUUUGUUAUAAUUUUAUUUAGAUUUUUUUUUCAUAUUCGCUAUACCUAAUGAAAGUAUAUUGUAUACAGUCCAUGUCUACGAACCAUGUUGGCAAAUAUAAUAAAACACUUCACUUUUAUUUCGGUAUAGACUGUAUUAUACCUGCCCUAGCUGGGGCUCGAACCAACUGGUAGCCUACGUCUUGAUCUGUAUAAGUAACUCUUACGUUUGUGGGCUGUAAAUGAAAGUGGUGCUUGUUACUCCCUUGUUCUGUAUAUUUAACAGGUAACUCUUAUAUUUGCAGGCUGUUAUUAAACUUGUGUUUGUACCCCCUUGUAAUGUGUAUUUAACAGGUAAAUCUUAAAACUUUGUUUUGUUUCAUGUUGAGUUUGUGCUCUUAUUUUGUAUUUUUUUAAUUUCCAAUUACUUGUUUGCUCAAACUUAUUAUACCUUGAUGCUAAUCCCGUAAAUUAUACCUUUUAAAUGUAUAGUGAUGUUACAAUUGUUUGUAAACAGUAGGCUAUAUAGAUAUUUUUGCAGGCUAGAU